AUGGACAUAACGAACUUUGUUGUUUCCCAUAGGACCGAUGCCCUCUUGAUUGGAGACUACAAUGCCUAUCGAGCUCAACUCUCCCGCAGAAUACACACUAUUCGUAAGCGACUUGGUAGGACGACACCAAAGGGUAAGAAAUAUACGACAAAGGUGUCAGUGACUGCGGAAGAUGUUGCGGCGAAUUUGGAAUUCGUUCACCUCUUACUCCUAAGCGCAGAACGAGGAUGGGCAUCUGCCAUGCACAUGAAGUCUGUGCACUCUGCAGACCCGUCUACUAAAGGUAUCGUGGGUUCCACAAGACGACAUAUAAUUUCUCGUCUCAACAAAGCCACUAUCUAUUCAAGACAGCUCGUUCAGCUUCUGGAGGAUCGAUCCACAUCCGGAGCGUCGAACAUUGACUUAUUAGAGGCUCGCGCGUACCUCGCUUCCCUAUGUGCAUCUUUUUGGAUGGAGAAGCAAAGAUGGGAGCAAUGCCUGCGCGAGAAUUCAACGGCCCGCAUUAUAUACGCAGCCGCCCAAAAAAAUACCGAUCGAGAGGUCUUUCGGGACCUCUUGUCUGGCACCAUUGACCCUGGCAUUCGAUACGCAGCAUAUCAGCUUAAAAUCCCUCGUUCUACACCUCUGCAUACUAUCAGUGUUGAACGUUUCCCGGCCAGCCCAGAGCUGCGAGCAGAGGUGAAAGCUGUUGACUCGGAGGCCCUCUCAGACAAAGGUGGUGAGAAUAUGGUUACUGCGGAUGGGAGUGCUCAGGAGCACCCUACAACCAUAAAAUGGAGGUCUAGAACCGUAAAUAUUGAGGAUGCCUCUAUAUCACAGGCUUUGGGGGCUGCCUUCGCCGCCGAAUCUCAGCUUUCUGCUUGGAUGUCAAGCCCUGAGGGACAAAACGCAUCCGCUAAGGCUAAGGCGGCUAAAUAUGACAACGUUAUCAUUGCUAGUCAAGAUGCCGUUGACGCAACAAAAACAGCUAUCGAUGAACUCUCCAAUGAAGGAGUGGACCAGGGAGACCAGAGAAUGCAAUCUCUCCAGGUCACCCGUACCGCCGUGAAUUAUGCGUUAGUUGGGUGGCGCGUUGGCCGUAAUAGAGUACUGUGUGGUCUAGAAGAUGGGUUACAAUUCGAACCGGAGAAGCCAAGAAGUUCGAAAAGAUCUAAAACACAGCAGGGCUCUAAAACCCCCCAAGCUGAGAGCACCGGGAAGAAACUUGCGAGAUUACGUGAGCGAGUUGUUCUCUAUGAUGCGACUUUGCAAAGCUUGGACUCCAUCAAGGAACUUCCAGGCGUGGCCGGAGAUUCGGAGUUUAUGAAAGAACUCCAGGCAAUUCAUCAGUAUUUCACGGCACUGAGAUGCCUCUCUAUUGGUCGAUCACAUGCACUUCUUGCCAACACCAAAAAUGCAUUAGCCCUUUUCGUUCGAGCGUCAGACCUCUGCUCCCAGAGCGAGUCUGCUUAUGCUUUUCCAGAUACCACAAAAACAGAAGAAAAGCCCUUGAGACUCGAGCUUUCAAGCUUGCAAGUCAACGCCGUUUCAGUCCAACUCCAGCACCUUGUCUGGCAGUAUCGUGGGAUUGUUGAAAUCGAGAGACUCUGCGCUGAAGCCGAGAAUUCGGAUACUGUUCUCCCACCCUUGCUAGAGCGAUUGAGCGAGUACCCACCCAGUGGUGCAGAUGUGUCCAACUUGGUGGCCUAUCCCCCCAAACUUGAACCGGUUCCGGUGAAACCUCUUUUUCUAGACCUGGCCUGGAAUUACAUCGACUAUCCGAGAGAGGCGAAGAAGGCUGUGAAUACGCAGCAGCCGAGUACUCCAGCUGCUGAGGUGAAGCCAGAGACGAAAAGGAAAGGAUGGUUUGGCUUUGGUAGAUAA